AUGGACUCGGAUACGUCCCUCGUCGACUUGCCGUCCCCACUUGCCAAGCUGACGCACGUCCUCAUGGACAUGCGAGAGACAUUGGACCGCGAUAAGACAGCCAAGUCUCUCAACAAGAAGACGCAUCCGCUGACGAAGAAAGCCCUCACCCUUCUUCGGACGAAUCCGCUCAAACAACUCUUCGAACAUCCGCCCUCGAACGAGCCGUACACCAUUUUCCUGUUGAGAGAACGCGCUGGAGAUGUUGUCUCAGCACUGUACCCGUUCGGCAUUCUUGCUGAACUCGUCAACAGAGGCGUCUCCACUAUCUGGGUACUGGGCGAGCCCGAGGUCGUUUGGGCGGGCGUCUUCCGCUGGGCUGAGUACCUGCUCAUCGAUGCAGUGGACUUGCCAGUCGAGUUAACGACCUUCGACAUGCGCUACACCCUCAACAACGCCAUAGAUGCAGUGCACGCGGCGCUUGUUCAACUUCCGAGCUUACCGCUCGAGCAGGCGCGAGCUAUUUUGCUGUCCAGCGAAUACGACGCUGUCCGACUUAUCGUGGUGAUUUGGCUAGAAUGGCCAAGGUUCCUCCCCAAAAUCACAGUGAAGGACCACAAACCAUCGAUAAUCCCAUGCAUCUCUCUUCUUCAUGCCCUCUGGCCGGUCAUAGGAAAGGACAACGACACGCGCUCGGUGCUCCUAGCGCAGCUGCUCGGCGCGCGCAGAGGCAGUUCACGACGUCUGUUUCGCACCAUCGCGACACACCUAGAGGCGUUUGCGAACUGUGAAGAGUAUCGCCUCCACCUCGAGUUCAUCCCUUUCAUUCGGCUUGCGUCUGAGCUGGCCAGGAUCCCCGAACUGCGCCAAGAAGGCUUCCCCUCCAAACUGGUAUCCGUCGCAGUAUCUACUGUGAUGUUCUCCCUUGACAAGUACCCGUCUGCGGCAACCACUGUUUGCUGGUUACUGUCCUGCCUAUGUUACUGCGACGAUCGCGCGAUCGCCGUCGCGAUCAAGCACGGCUCAUUCCCCUUGCUCGUCCAGACCCGGAACCGAUAUCCACAGUUGGAUUCCUCGAAGGACUAUGCGCUCAUGCGACAUGCGCUAGCCCGUCCAUCCGUGGUCAAGCAUUUCCACGACAGUCUGGAGACCCUCGACGACGGCUUGCAGCUUAGUCUAGACGAGGAAAGGACCGUAAAGCUCGCUCGUCAUCGGUACGAGCUUUGGGAGGAAGCUGAGGUCGAAUGGGACGAAGACGCUGUCUGUGGAAAUGACUCGUGCGAGGCCGGCGAGGACGCACCUCUUCGCGCAUGUGCGUGCGGAGAGGUCCUCUACUGCUCCGUCGCCUGUCAGAAAGCAAAUUGGAAGCAAAGACAUCACACUAGCUGCGCGUUCAUCUCAAGGAUCGGCGAGCCAUUCGGUGAUCUGCCCCCACGAGAGGUCCACUUUCUCGCCAUCAUCGGACGUGACUGGCUGGAGAAUAACUACGCACGGCUCGCGCAGGAACACGGAGAAUCCCUGGACUUGAAGCUGGACGUAUCGGAGGGAGAGCUAUGUCGGCUUGCCGAGCCUUUGUCGCCACAACCUGGGAUGGGCAUUCAUCUCGUCAUGAUGGACGUUGCAUACUUCAGGAGACGGGCCCUUAUAUAUCGCUCGUUCAUGUUCCUUCCGGCCCCUAGGCGGGAGUGCAGCCCGUUCAAAACCUUAACCCAGGUGGUCUUUAGCACGGACCCGGAUGGGGAAGACGAUGAAGACGAGGAGGGGGACGGCGAGGACGGUGACAACGACGCGAGCGACGAGGAUGACGAGAACAUUCCAAGGAUGGGGACGACGAAGACGAAGCGAACGGUGUAGUUGAGCAAUCCUGUAGGCAGUCCCCUGCAAGCGCCGAGAUAUACUAUCCGCUUUGUCGUGUACGCGAGGGUUAACGUUCGGGCAGUCGACAGCACAGACCAUCAUACGAUGUACCAGAUCCCGAAGAUGAGUCGCAGGACUCGGAGAAGGGGACUACAAGUAGUCACUGACCGCUACUUCCAGCUCCGCUGUCGCUUCUGAGUGGUCGAGGAGGUGAGGUGAGGUCCAGGGUUGAUCAUCCGCGGCAUAUUUCGCUCGUUUAUGUUCCUCCCCGGUAAUCAAUAGCGUGGACCAAGAUCGG